AUGCGAGAUUUUCACGAAAGAUACGGUGAAGUCGUUCGUUUUGGCCCAAACGAAGUCUCUUUCAUCACCGCUCAGGCAUGGAAAGACAUAUAUGGUCAUGGCCAUCGACAACUACCAAAGGUGCUGCAUUCAACCAGUAAUCCGUCCGACAUUAUUAGCGCCAACGAUGCAGAUCAUAGUCGUCUUCGCAGGUCCUUGGCACAUGCCUUUUCUGCGAAAGGCCUGCAAUCCCAGGAGCCCAUAAUCACGAAGUAUGUGGAUCUCUUGAUUGAAAAGUUGAGAAUCAUUGCCGCCUCGCCCAUUCCGGAAGCCGAUAUGGUAAAAUGGUACAACUUGACCACUUUCGACAUACUUGGAGAUCUCGCCUUUGGCGAGCCAUUUGGAGGAUUGGAAUCUUCUAAAUAUCAUUACUGGGUAUCGACCAUCUUUCAGGCAAUCCGAGGCAUGUCCCUUGUGAGCUUCAACGAUGCCUAUCCGUUUUUGUUCAGAAUAUUGUCUCUCUUUGUUGAUUCGAAAAGCCUGAUGAGUGCACGGAAAAGACAAAUCGAAUUUAGCAGAGCCACUAUCCAGAAACGUCUCCAAUUUCAGGGUGACAGAGAAUGCACAGAUUUCAUUGACAGCAUGCUGCGGCAACGCGGAGAUUCAAACAACGAGAUUACCGAGGAGGAGUUAGAAGCGAACUCUAAUGUCUUGGUCAUUGGUGGCAGCGAGACGACAGCUACUUUACUUUCUGGAAUUACUUACUGGCUGCUGCGAACGCCACACGCCAUGGAAAAACUCACUCGUGAAAUAAGAUCUGCUAUGAAGACCGAGAAGCAUAUCACAAUCUCAAGCACCGCAAAUCUGCCAUACAUGCUCGCAUGUCUCAAGGAGGCAUUGCGAAUUUAUCCACCAGCGCUCUCUGGACAGCAGCGGAUAACGCUUGGGCCUGGACCAACCAAUAUUUCGGGCUACGUCGUGCCCCGAAAUACGAAAGUAUCGGUCCAUCAAUAUGCCGCAUAUCAGUCACCCAUGAACUUUUAUGCUCCAGACAAGUUUAUGCCCGAGCGUUGGCUAGAGGAUGCCAGAGAUGACCUAUCCUCGCCUUUCUACAACGACAAUCGAGACAUCCUCCAGCCGUUCUCAGUGGGACCAAGGAACUGCAUCGGGAGAGAACUAGCAUAUAGCGAGUCACGAGUGGUUCUUGCACGGGUUCUUUGGAGCUUUGACUUGAAACUUCAUGAGAAAAGCGGGGAAUGGGACAAACAGCGUUCUUACUUAUUAUGGGAGAAGCCUCCGUUAAUUUGUAAGCUGAAGCUGAGUGAUAAAGAUAUCUGGAGAACAGCCCAUGAGACCUAG